UUUCAUCUGUUAUUGGCAGUAUGUGCCGGUGAUAGCAGCAGGCAAUACGCGUUGUUUUUCACAAAAAUACAUUAUGCCGUUUAUAAAUAUAUUUAUGUUUUUGUGUCUAUUAGGAUUUUCUGCACAGAAGUCGACACCGGCAGAUCAUAGCUACGUCGCGGCAGUUGUCGAGUACCAAGUACAAUCUGAUGCAGCAACAAACCUGCAAACCUAUUUGCAACUAAUAGAAGAUGCUGGAAACCAGAACGCCGACAUUGUUGUGUUCCCGGAGAUGACCUUAACUAGAGGGCAAAGUGUUGUCGUACCGAUCUAUGGGUUACUGAAAGAAUACCCCGUCCCAGCUUCAUAUCCAACAUUAUACGACGAGAUUCUGGUCUCAAUUUCGGCAGCCGCAAAACAGAAUCAAAUCUACGUUGUAAUUAAUGUGCAAGAGUUGAUGAACUGCAGUAAUGGGGAAUUAUCUGGUGAAAAAUGCCCGGAGCAAAAACAAUACCGUUUUAAUACCAAUGUCGUUUUCGACAGAAACGGAGCAGUUAUUAACAGGUAUCGUAAAAUCAAUCUUUUCGGAGAGUUAUCUCGAACUGCAGCUUUGGCUCCAGAUCUGGGAGUGUUUACUACGGACUUUGGGGUUACCUUUGGCCAUUUUAUCUGCUUCGACUUAAUGUUUCAAGUUCCAGCUAUUCAGAUAGUCCAGAAGAACAACAUCACUGACGUCAUAUUCCCAACUAUGUGGUUCUCUGAAAUGCCGUAUCUAACUGCUGUGGAGAUUCAACAGGCGUAUGCUCACACAAUGAAUGUGAAUUUCCUUGCUGCUGGAGCUAACAAUGUUAGAGUAGGAAGUACAGGUUCAGGCAUAUUCUCAGGAAAAGCCGGUGCUUUAAUAAGCCUGAUGACUGGUGUGCCAACAACGAAGUUGCUGGUCGCUGAAGUACCAAAAGAGCCUGGACAGGUGCAGGGAACAUAUCCGGGUCCUAUUUAUGAUGAUCCUGCAGAUCAAGAUAACCUACUGCUAAAAACUGAUCCCUCUUUGCUUUCUCAUGUUAGCAGAUUGUUGAAAUCAGGCUUCGAAGAAUUUACACUCGAGGAUAAAGAUGUAAAUUGUCACUUUCGAGUACGGUUAAGUGAACGUAAUGGAGAUACGAACUAUAGGUACAGGGCCCUUGCGUUCAGUGGUGUGCGCACUUUCGACGGCGUAGCCACCGGCGGGGCCAAGGUUUGUUCCGUGCUCGCUUGCACAGGGGAGGCAAUCCACACUUGCGGUAAAAGGUAA